ACUUCUGCUUCGGUCUUCAACCAGAUAGGAAAGCUAUAAAUAACGUAUGAUGAGUACUAAAAAAGAAGACUUAAAUUCGAAAAGUCUUGAUCAUUUAGUAUCAACUGAAGCGCUCCUGUGUAAAAUAUGUUGUAUACCAUGGGUAGAGAGAGAUCCGAGAGUUCUUUCGUGUCAACAUAUCUUCUGCUUUAGCUGCCUUUUAGAAAUGUAUGGAGGAAGAGUUUCACCAACAAUAACAUGUCCUUCGUGUGGAAUGGAUCAUUUUGCUGAAAAUGGAGUGGCGAAAUUGCCUAAGAGCAUAAUACAAGACUCAAUUUCUACCAUUUCUGUCGAGAAAAGCUCCUGUAAGAAACAUAAUAAGGAAAGAAUUUUGCCACCAAUAGUAUGUCUAACCUGUAAAGCUCUGAAUUUAUGUCAUGAUUGUAUCGACAAAGAUCAUACUAAUAGUCUUUGUAAAAUUGUUUCGGAAGGAAAAUUACUUGACCAAUCGAAAGCUAUAAGGCAAAAAUUUAAGAAUGAAUUAGAAAACUAUAGGAACACUGUAAAGGUUGAUGUGGCCAAAAUUCAGAGCUCUCUCAGAGAAGUUGAAUGUAAAUGCCGAAUAAUAGUUGAUAAGUCAAUUGCUGAUUGUAAUAUUUCAAUUGACGAUUAUGAAGAGGCUAUGACUAGAAAUUUUAAAUCUAUUCAAGAUAUAUUAAAUGAUGUUUUCAUAGAUGAUGAUCAACUUUUUGGACGGCUAGUUUCUGAUUCUGUUAGAAAAGUUAACUUUGAACAGAAUCCUAGUUUUGCAAUUGAUACUAAAGUAUACGAAGAACUAAUUAAAUAUACCGAUAAGAAUAAUGGAUUGAAUAUACUAAAGAAAAUAUUGAAUAUCUUUAGAAAGAGUAAUUAUAACAAUUGAAAAUGAUGACGAAAUUUAACGAAAUAUUCAAAAGCUUUCUACUUGAAUAUUUUACAAAUGACAAAUAACGAACGAUUUACUAUUCUAUCCUCUUUUCUA